CGCUUCAUCCGCAGAGUUCUGUGCGUUUGCUGUAGCCGUGUUGCUCAUCACCCGCGUCUAAACAUGUUGGGCAAAAUAAUCGGACAGAAAUACGUGUCUAUCGCGAAAACAUGGGUUCCCACGCUGGCGGUCUGGGGUGGAGUUGGAGGUGUUGCUCUCGUUCACUUCACAGACUGGAGGGUCAUCUUGGACUAUGUUCCCUACAUUAAUGGAAAGUUCAAGAAGGAUGAGUAGAUAAAGGUCGGUUUUGCUUCAGAUGGAUUGAAGAUGGAGACGUUUGUCACAGAUGGAGAUGAAAACAUCAAUCCGCCAUGUGAAACGGACUAGUGAAUCACCCUCCUUUUGUUCAUCACUGCUAAGGAACAAUGUGAUAUUUAUUUUUUGGAGCGUUCAGUUCAUUUUUCCCUCAUGAUUAUUUUUCAGUGUGGAUUAUACUCAUGAAAACAGUAAAGUCUCAUGAUGAAAAUCAAA